CCAAAACCCUAGAAGAAGCCAAUUCUGCUGCUUUUUAUUUCUUGAUUUCCAGUAAAACCCUAGAAAUUAAAAAAGUUUAAAACUUUGGUGGUGAAAAUGCCAUUGGGAGAUAAUUUAGGGGAAAAAAGUGAAUCAAGAUACUGUGGAGUUGAAACUGAAUUCAAUGAUGACAUGCCUCAUGUUCUUUCUUGUAACAUCAAUGGUGGUUUUGAUUUUGUUGUUGCUCCUUUGAUGGAACCUGGAUAUAGGCCUAGCCUGAUUGAUAGUGCUAGCAGGGACUCCAGUGUGCUUCCUUUUGCUGGAUCAGACUUGGUUUUGAGCCCAUCAGAGUGGAGUAGUCGUGUUGUUGGCAAGAUUAGCUCCUGGAUCGACUUGGAUUCAGAAGAUGAUGUUCUGCGGGAGGAUUCUGAAAUUGCUCUCAAGCAAGAGUUAGCUUGGGCUUCUCAUCUUUCUUUACAGGCAUGUCUUCUUCCUUCACCCAAAGGGAAAUCUUGUGGUAAUUAUGCCAGAUGUGUGAACCAGAUUCUACAAAACCUAAAUCAUAUGCAGUUGUGGCUUAGGAUUCCUUUGGUGAAGUCUGAUGAUGAUGAUACCGGGGUUGGAUCUUCCGAUGGCAUGGAAGUAGAGCCUACUGACUCUUGGGAAAUGUGGAAUGCAUUUCGCGAAUUGUGUGAACAUCACAGUCAGCUGUCAAUUGCUCUUGAUGUUCUGUCUUCACUACCUUCUGUUAAUUCUCUUGGGCGUUGGUUUGGAGAGCCUGUCAAAACAGCCAUUGUUCAUACCGAUUCUUUCCUAACAAAUGCACGUGGAUAUCCAUGCCUAUCAAAGCGACAUCAAAAGCUGCUGAGUGGUUUUUUUUACUAUUCGAUACAGGUAGUGCUUUCUGGAAAGGCAGUGCACAAACUUCCCAUUGGGACCACACCUUCUGAUGAUAACCAAACAGAUGAUUAUGCCCGGCAAUCCCAAAGACAUGACCUAAGGUCGUACUUGGACUAUGUUGGUUAUUUAUAUCAGAAAAUGGAACCCCUUUCUGAACAAGAACGAUUUGAGCAUGGUUACAGAGAUUUUCUACAAUCUCCCUUGCAACCUCUAAUGGAUAAUCUAGAAGCACAAACUUAUGAAACGUUUGAAAAAGACAGUGUCAAGUACAUCCAGUACCAAAGGGCAGUCAGUAAAGCGUUGGUGGAUAGGAUUCCCGAUGAGAAUGCAUCUACCACAACAGUCGUAUUGAUGGUGGUAGGUGCUGGGCGAGGGCCGCUUGUUAGAGCAUCGUUACAGGCUGCUGAAGAAACUGGGCGUAAGUUGAAAGUUUAUGCUGUAGAAAAGAAUCCAAAUGCAGUGGUUACUCUUCAUAGCUUAGUUAAAUUAGAGGGUUGGGAAAACAUGGUGACCAUAAUUUCCUGUGACAUGCGUCGUUGGAAUGCUCCAGAGAAAGCAGAUAUUUUGGUCAGUGAGUUACUUGGUUCUUUUGGUGACAAUGAGCUCUCACCCGAGUGUCUUGAUGGUGCUCAACGAUUUUUAAAGCCAGAUGGGAUCUCAAUUCCAUCAUCCUAUACAAGUUUUAUACAGCCUGUGACUACAUCAAAGUUGUAUAAUGAUGUCAGUUUGCACAAAGAUCUUUUACACUUUGAAACUGCAUAUGUUGUAAAGUUGCACCGUUUGGCCAAACUUUCCCCAUCUCAAUCUGUAUUCACCUUUACCCAUCCAAAUUACUCUCCCAAUAAAAGUAAUCAGCGGUACAAGAAGCUUCGGUUUGAGGUUCCUACUGAUACUGGAUCAUUUAUUGUUCAUGGAUUUGCUGGUUAUUUUGAUUCUGUACUCUACAAAGAUGUACAUCUUGGCAUCGAACCAUCUACGGCAACACCAAACAUGUUUAGCUGGUUUCCGAUCUUCUUCCCACUAAGAUCACCCAUGUAUGUGAAAGCUGGCUCCCCCUUGGAAUUCCACAUUUGGCGGUGUUGUGGCAACACCAAGGUAUGGUAUGAAUGGUGUGUGACCUCUCCAACAGUAUCUCCAAUGCACAACUCGAAUGGACGAUCAUAUUGGGUUGGCUUGUAAUCCUAAGUCGUGCCAAAGGACAAGAUGCAAUGCUUGUAAAAGGUUAGGAGUAGACUGUUUUUUCCCCACGUUAUUGAGAAUCAUUGAAAAUUUUGGCAUGGUUGAAUUUCCAUCUGGGUCCUGAUGUUUUAUGUGCUUGGCGUCAACAUCAGUGCAGUCUGUACUUUUAGAAUUGCAUCUCACAUUUUUUUAGGUAUGGUUUUAAUGGAAUUUUUUCGUUGAAA